AUGCUAAGUCUAUUUAUUCUACUACUGCAUUUGGGUGUUCGCAUCGCGCAUGGCUAUCCUAGCACUGCACACCAGCAAAGUGCCGAAACCGCACCGUCCCUAUUCCUCAAGACUCUCAGUGAAAGCAAUGAAACCGUCUUUAUUCCUUAUAAAUCCCUUGAUUAUGGACAGUGGAAACCUGACAGCACUGUCUAUGACGGUGUUCCUAUGGUUGAGAAGCAUGCUGUUGUUGAUGGCAAAAACUUGACAUACCAGGACUUCGAUAUACCUGCACUCACAACAGAGCAGGUUAGGAAGUAUCUGAUGUCGACUCCAGAGUUUUUUAAUAGCCAUGGGAAACAAUCUUACACACUUGAAGACGUUGAGAAAUACAGUCGUUAUGCCAAAAGAAUUUUACCUCACACCACGGAUGUUGAGUGCUCUAUAACAAAGAGCGUCUCCGUUACUUCCGCGUCAGGGGUCAACAUUGGCGGCAGUGACAAUAUUCCCGGGUUGGGGAAAGGGUGGACGGGCGCACUAACAAAAUUCCUAAGCACCUUCGGACUAUCAACUUCUCACAAUUCAGACACCGUUACAACCAGUAUUUCCUAUUCCGGCACUUGUGGGCCACAUAAUGUCUGCUUUCUCUGGGAGAGACCACAUUUCACCGUUGAACAAGGAGUCAUUACUACUCAGGAGUUUGAUAUCGCUACCAAUAAGGCUUGCGGCUCUCCAUCUGUGACGCCAUUUGAGGCCCAUAUAAUGCAUGAGGAUAGCGAUGCUGGAGGCGCUGGUAUGUACCUCUCCAUCUCAUCAGUUCCUAUGUUCUGUUUCACCUGCUUUGUCUUCCCUGCUCUGCUACGUCAUUGA